CUCGCCAAUCAAUUUGCAAUUCGCCGUUGUUGGAAGUAAAUAAAUUCGUAGUUAAAUUGAAAAUGGCUUUCUACAAUAGAAAAAUGAUUCAGAACAAGCAUAUUAUUCAAGCUUGGAGAGCCGGACAUCGAUUCGAAAUACAUUGUGAUGAAGAAAUUAAUUUACCUGAUAUGUGCGACGAGAUCGGAAAGUGGACGCGGCACAGCCGCAGCCGUCACAGCCGACUCUCUGUACGCAGCCUAUCUGUCGUGCUCUUCGGCGCCGUACGGCUAUACAGGCACCAAACCAAUCGCUUGUUGAAAGAUACUUUCAAAUGCAGUACAAGGCCAGUAUCAGUCUUUCCGACUGAUGACCACACAUCAGUCUCAGCCGUCUCAGAGUCUUCAGUAGAUGAAUUAGCCGAGUUUAUGACCGGUAUAGACGCAACUAACACGGCAGAGUCUUCAGUAGAUGAAUUAGCCGAGUUUAUGACCGGUAUAGACGCAACUAACACGGCAGAGUCUUCAGUAGAUGAAUUAGCCGAGUUUAUGACCGGUAUAGACGCAACUAAAACGGCAGAAAAUAAUAUAUUUGAAAACGGAAAUCCGUCUGAAUCAACUGAAUACAAUACGGACACGGAGUCAUUACCGGAGGAUGACGACUCUACGGUAUUUGCAGUUUCACUUCCAUCUAAUAGUAUACGAGAAGAACAUACUCAUUCCGAAGAAGAAGACACGACCGAAAAAAAAAGAGACCAGAUGAUCCAAACAUCACCAACUCCAUCCGAUAAUUUCACUAAUUUCGACCAGAACCUACCGUUAGGGUACACCAUAGUCCACGACAACUUCCACUCUAGGAUACCUAGCAUGGUAAUAAUGUCUAGCCUUCCUGAAAGCGCUAGAUUCCUGCCCAGUCACAGGACAAUGCACUGCGUAUAGUGUGAAUGAUAAAUCCUGUGCCAAAUAUCCAUUCAUUCAUUAAUUUUAAAGAAAGUUGGGCUGGUUGGUGGUUUCGUUCUAAAUAAUAUAAGUUUUUUUUUCUGUUUAACCGUGAUUAAGAGUGACACGAACCUAGCCACCGCCAUACAAUCAAUGUUACGCUCACUCCUUAAAAUGCCAUUCUGAAAUUUGACACAAUCAUUCAAGUAGAGUUAAACCACAGAAUAAAUAAUAGUACUACCGUACAGAAAGAAUCGAAUCAUGCUAUCCCUUUCUAAUAUAUGACACUAUCCCUUUCGGCUAUUUAGGGUUGUCAAAAAUCAAGUCAUUAUCUUAUCUGUGGUCGUGCACGCAAAGGGACGUCAAGUUGUGCAACCCUAAUAAUUUCUCGGAGCAAUGCUGAGCCGAACCGAGUUUGCCCGAAGCGAGGAGUUUCGCAACGAAAAGUCUGCAGAGAUUUUGACAGCACACGCAGUGCAGAUGGUAUUUUAAACGUCAAACUUCUAUGAAAUGAUGACGUAUAAAUAGGGACUUUCGGUUCGAACGCCAUCUUGAUAGUAGCCUCGUGAUUAAUUCCUUUGUUUUUUGCUCAUUAAUAUUGUUUAAAGUGUAAUAUCGAUAGCUUUAUUAUACAGUAAUCUAAUUUGGUAGUGUGCAGUGAAUGGAGAAUUAAUCUCAAAGCGUGUUUAACCACCAUUUUGGAGUCAACGGCCGGUAGUCCACGUGCUUCUCGUUUUUCCAGCUAUCGGUUUUACGAGACAACUAUAACAACCACCGAACAACAACGUGCUCUAAGAGCAUUUGGUAUUUCUACCUCUAACCGUGUCUGGCUAGAGCCCUAGAGGUCCAUAAUUUUAUUUACCGUACACUGGCUGUAGAAAAUCAAGAAAUAUUAAUUCAAUCCCACGUGGAUCCCACUUUGACGUUGGCGAAAUCAUCGACAGUAUCGAUGGAGCCAUACUACUUAAAGACUGAUUGAUUGACGUAUAAAUAACACUGGCACUGCGUGUGCUGUCAAAAUCUCUGCAGACUUAUCUUGGUCUAACUCUAUCUAUCUAAUUGUGUCUGGUACUAGUUUUUGUUGCUAGAAACUGUAAGUAAUAAGUACAAAUAAAUUAUAGCGAUAGAAGUUUUACAUACAACAAUUCUACGAGCUCUAUUUUCUUUGUAUGGCAAUUUUUAACAACGAAAACUAGUUUCAGACGAAGAUAACAAAACUUCCGUGAGACACAGACAUGUUAAAUAUAUUAAUAACGGGUCACUGACGUAUUUUAAGUCGAAAAACGCUCGACAUGUUCGCCGAGUCAUCGGGCGCGGAGGCCUGCGGCCAGUGCGGCCCGCAGUCUGCGCCGGUCCGUCACCGUCAACGCAAGCUCCUGAUGACACUCCUCGGUACGGAGUGAAACAUGUUUUAAAAUUUUAGCGUAUGGGAACGGCUUUUGGCGGCGGGUCUCUUAAUACCGGGAUUUAUUUUCGUUUGAAAUCAACUAGGAUACCUACCUAGCAAGAUAUUAUUUUCUAGCCUUUCAGAAAAAGCUAGAUUCCUGCCAAUUCGCAGACCAACGAACUGAGAAUACUGUGUCAGAUAAAUUAGGUGCCGAAUAUUUUUCAUUAAUUUUGUUCAGUCGGCGUUAAAGGUUGUAUUUUCUUACAGGCUGAUGAUUUCAUAUUCGGUUUAAUACUUUUUUUGUUUGUGAUUAAAGGAUUUAGUUACGUUUGAAUUCAA